AUGUCGAACUCAUCGUUCUCAGAAGCACAGGUGGUCAUAGACGACUACGCAGCCUUAUCCUCGUCUGUUUUAUGGAUACUCGACUUCAUAUAUAUGUUACCCAUCGAAUAUGAUGCAAUAUGGUCCAAGAAGAUGUCUUUACACUCUGUGCUCUUCUUGGUCAGUCGAUACGGCCUUUCCGGGCAAUUAGGAUUCAACGCUUUCGCGGGAUCUUACGGAGCAUCUCUCAGUGAUACUAUGUGCUCUAUAGCGUACAUAACGGGUACAGUGUUGGGGGAGUUAUCAACUACCGCAACUCUAUAUCUCAUAGCCUUACGGGUAGCCGCUAUCCAUAACCAGAGAAAGGUUGCUCUGGUUGUCGCUACGGCGUUGAUAGUACCCUACGAAGUCAUCAACAUUUACCUAGACAGCCUGGUAGACUCUGUUUCUACAAAGGGAACAAUCUAUCAAGUCAUGGUCAAAUGUAUGAUCACACCCAACGAAGAUAAAGUUUCACUUUCCUCCAAAGGCAUGCUAAUUCCUAUAGCUCGUUCCAUCAUGACUCCUACCCAACUAUUCAGCUGA